CGUCGCUUUUCUCUCUUUCCCCCCGUUCCGUUCGGUCUCUCUUUCAUCCAUCCCUCCGACAUCCUUCCUUCCCAGCAGAUGUCAUUCGGGGACUCUUACGGCCGUUUGGUGACAGAAUUCCCUUCCCCCCUUAAACUUUUGUAUUGAUUGCCUGCCUAUCGUCCGUCGCCUGAGUUAUCCGCUCCAUCUGGCAUACCUGUUGGAUUGCUAGAGUGGGUAGAAACUCUCCACAUUCCUAUACGGAGAAAACCUGCCGGAGGUAUUACGUCGAUUUGCCUCGCACCUCCCUUUACGUCGCUCGUUUCCUACUUGUCCUUCGACCAGCCGAUUUCCAUUCCUAGGCAUCCGAAUUCCGGCCUUCCACCGGCCCUUUCCCCCAGACCUGACGCUUUGGGGUAUAUUCUAAAACAAUGUCGUCGGGACCAAGGUAUAUGCGGUACCUCCUGCUGGCCGCCGUGGGACUGGCAUUUUUCUUCUUCAUCUCCAGAAGCGCGAUCCCCAUCCCCGAAAACAUUGGCGCCAAAUUGACCCCUCACAACAAGGAUGGCUCCCUCACAUCCGACGUUACUCCCCAUAGCGAAACUCCUAUCAAGCAACCCUCCGAUCAGACCUCCGGAAGCGCUGGCGCUCCUGCGGCUAACCGGGUGAAUGCGACAUUUGUCACCUUGGCGCGCAACUCCGAUGUUUGGGACAUCGCCAAGUCCAUCCGACAAGUCGAGGAUCGGUUCAACCGGAAUUACAACUAUGACUGGGUCUUCCUGAACGACAAGGAGUUCGACGACAAGUUCAAGAAGAUCACCUCGGCGCUGGUUUCUGGAAACACGCACUACGGCGUCAUCCCGAAUGAGCACUGGUCUUACCCCGAAUGGAUCGACCAGGAUAAGGCGCAGCAGGUCCGUCACGACAUGGGCGAGAAGAAGAUCAUCUAUGGAGACUCGGAGAGUUAUCGCCACAUGUGCCGUUACGAGUCGGGCUUCUUCUUCCGUCACCCGCUGAUGAUGAACUACGAGUACUACUGGCGCGUGGAGCCCAGCAUCGAACUCUACUGUGAUAUCGCGUUCGACCCCUUCCGCUUCAUGAAGGAGAACAACAAGAAGUACAGUUUCGUGCUCAGUCUCUACGAAUACUACGACACCAUCCCUACCCUGUGGGACAGCGUUAAGAAGUUCAUGGGCAACCACCCCGAGCAUAUCGUCGAGGGCAACUCGAUCGACUUCUUGAGUGAUGACGGCGGAAAGACCUACAAUAAGUGCCACUUCUGGUCGAACUUCGAGAUCGGAAGUUUGCACUGGCUGCGAUCCAAGGAGUACAUCGACUACUUCGAGUCUCUUGACCGGGAUGGCGGCUUCUUCUACGAACGAUGGGGCGACGCGCCGGUCCACUCCAUCGCCGCCGGACUCCUCCUCAAGAAGGAGGAAAUCCACUUCUUCAACGAGAUCGCCUACUACCACAUCCCCUUUACUCACUGCCCAACCGGCGAGCAGCUGCGACUGGAUCUGAAGUGCCACUGCAACCCCAAGGACAACUUUGAUUGGAAGGGCUACUCCUGCACGUCACGAUUCUUCCAAGUCAACGACAUGGAUAAGCCCGCCGGAUACGAGGACGAGAGUUGACUAGCCGUCGUCGGGAAGGCGGUCUUGGCGAUUCUCGUCGUCGCCAGCAUCAUCCUCGCCAUCAGCCGUAACCUUCGCGCUCGAGUGUUCCAUGGAGGACAACGCAUCUCCACGGAAGUUGUUUCGAAGUCGAAGACAUUGCUGAAACGAUAAGUGCCAGCUCAGUAUCACUGUCGUUUUUCCUUACUAUUUCGUAUAAAAUUGGGCGUUCACGUAUCAUGUCUUAUUAUGGGAGUUUUCUCUCUUGUUCUCUUGCCCUUGAGACAUGCGAUAUAUCCAGGGCAGUGGCUAGCAGCUGAAGCAGUUGCUCUUCUAUGCUGCGUUGUGUGAUGCGAUUAAUCAGGAAGAAACGGAAGCAGAGAACCCAUCCGCAAGAAAUGCUUCAUAAAUGUACAUAGGCGUUUUGAUAACGAUAACAAUCCGUUUGAACAAACUCAGAUAAAUAGUACAAGGAAAAUCUCAAA